AUGCUGCGAAGAAAGCAUCCCGAAUGCUAUAAAAUUUUCAAUGUAUCAAAGAAGCGCAGCGAUCUUGGCCGCUUACAUCCGGUUGUGGAGCUUGGCUGGCCACAAGAGCUCGCUCCGCCACUCGAUCGACUUUGCUCAAUAUGCAAAUUACUGGAAAACUGGUUAUCUGCUAGCCCAGAUAAUGUGGCUGUGAUUCAUUGUAAAGGAGGGCGCUCCAGAGCUGCCAUUGUUAUCGCAGCUUACAUGCAUUAUAUCACCAUAUGCUCCGUGGAUGAGUGUCUCGGCAACCGCUUCGCUCUACAGCGAUUUAGCGAACGAUUUCUCGGCUCCGACGGGCAGCCCUCUCAUAAGCGGUACUUUUAG